AUGGCUUUGCCACAAAGCAUUGUCUCUCCCCUGGAGAAGAUGUGCAUGGACUGGCAGCAAAGACCUGGAGCAGGACUCUUCAACGUGGGCAAUUCCUGCUACAUCAAUGUGAUCCUGCAGUGCCUGACAUACACACCGCCUCUGGCCAACUACCUACUGUCUUCCAAGCACAGCCAGGCGUGUCAGCACCAAGGCUUCUGCAUGAUGUGCACCAUGGAAGCCCACGUCAGGAAGGUCCUGUGCUCCUCAGCCAGUGCCAUUGUGCCUGGAGCUAUCCUCAAGAACCUCAAAUUCAAGUGCUUGAGCUGCCAAGCAGUUGCUGAUUCCUACGAGGCCUUCCUGGAUGUCACUUUUGAUAUCAGAGCAGCCUCAUCCAUCACCACACUUCUGGAGGACUGUGUCACACCCCAGCAGCUGGAUCAGAAAGAGUGCUUCACAUGUAGCAAGUGUGAGAAGAAAGCUGCUGCCUCCGAGAACGCUACAGUCCAUCGUGCACCCAGAGUCCUCACGCUGUGUCUGGAAAGGGCCGACCAACAGAAUGGCGUGAAGAUCAGCAAGUUUGUGGAGUAUCCUGAGUACUUGGAUCUUCGGCCAUACAUGUCAGACACAGCUGGAGAACCCCUCCUAUACUCCUUGUGUGCCAUCGUGGUUCACAGUGGGGACACCUGUCUUGAGGGACACUUUUUGUGCUACACAAAGGCCAGCAAUGGGCUGUGGUACAAGAUGGAUGACGACUAUGUGGAAAAUUGUGACAUCCAUACAGUUCUGGGGCAGCAAGCCUACUUGUUGUUUUAUACCAGGAUGAAGGUGGUGCCCAGCCAGAGGAACCAUGCCAGGGAGAGGGUCCGGAGCAGAUCCCCACAGGGGAACAAUGAUCUCUGCACCAUCAACGGCACCAAGAGCAGUUUAACAACAAGGAAGAGGAAGAGAACCAGUCCUUCCCAGCUCCAGACCAUCCACACUAGAACCAACAUGGGAUCUAUGGACUGGUGA